CGCGCCGUGACGUAGUUUACGCGCGACAGAGAAGGAGGAAGUUUCCAUAUGGCGGGAGUGGGUCGUGCCCGGCGCUCGGCACCGUUCGCUGGAUUCCUGUAUAUAUAUAUAUAUCCCUUUUCUCUUCCUUCUUAUUAGUGUCUUUAGAUUUUAGAUACUGGCCCUUUAUUUGUUUUUGUAAAGUAGAAGGCAUUUUUCGAAUGAUGGAAUCCCAGCUACGCAGUAAAACAGCUAGAGAUGUAACCCAUGAAUAAAAAACUAGAUACUGAUCAGUAACAUUUAUGACAAAGUUGCGAAUGAAAGUAAAUGAUUGUCGCAUUCCCGCACAGAGGAGUUGUGGUAUUGUUAGCUAGCGAAAUCUCGCAAACAAGAAGUUAGUGAAGUCAACCACCACUACAAGUUGGUAGGUUUUAUUAAUCCAUGGCGGACAGGGUAUUACCACAGUGGAUGUCAAAGGGAGGAAACCAUGGCAACAGCGGGCAAAAGCAGACUCAAAAAAGUUUGUACAAAAAAAACAUCUUGGAAGACAGUCUGCAGUAUCUGGAAUUUAGUGGUACGGUUGUCUACAGCUGUGAGAAAAACGAUUGCUCCUUUUUGUCUGAGGAUUUAAGGUCCUGCCUUACACCUGCUUCUGCAGUGGGCUUUGAUAUGGAGUGGCCACCCAGCUUUACUAAAGGACAAAAGCAAAAAGUUGCUCUCAUCCAGCUGUGUGUUUCUGAGCAGAAAUGUUAUCUCUUUCAUCUCUCCUCCAUGCUAGGGUUUCCUGCUGGUCUGAAGAUGUUACUAGAGGAUGACACCAUCAAAAAGGUUGGGCUGGGUAUUGAAGGUGACAUGUGGAGACUUUUAAGUGAUUUUGAUAUCAAAUUAAAGAAUUUCCUGGAACUGACAGACUUGGCAAAUGAAAAACUCAGGUGUGCGGAGAAGUGGAGCCUGGAUGGGCUUGUGAAGCAUCUGUUCAACCAGCAGCUGAAGAAGGACCGGGAUGUCCGCUGCAGUUCAUGGAACGAUUUCGAUCUCACGGAGGAGCAGAAGAGAUAUGCAGCUACGGACGCUUAUGCUGGACUGAUAGUUUAUAAUAAACUGCAGACGAUGAGUCCUGAAACUGUUUCACAAGUUUCAAUCAAGGAGAAAUUGCUCUGCUUGGCCUCUGAGAUGGAGGAACUUUCACAUCAUGUUCCUGAGGACCCCAGUGUCAUUCCUAGUAUUGCAGAGGUUGUAGAUGACAUGGCUGUGAAGCUUGGAGCUUUAAGGGACUCCCUGUUGGGGUGUGACAGGGCACAGUGUACCUCAAAGAGCCAGCGCGAUGUGGAGGAGCAAGACCACUCGCAAAAAGCAACGGCUGCAGGAUGUGAACCCUCCAGAAUUGUGGAUGGGAAUCUCAACAUUCCCCGUCAAUCUGCUGGUUUGGAAGAUGUCAGGGAUUGUCAGCCUAAAUGUGGAGAGGGCGUUAUGUCCCUGGAUAUAUCCGAAUAUGAGCUCCAGAUGCUGGAGAUGCAAGCUUGGCAGGAAGAAAUGGAGGAACAGAGUACUUUGGAGUUCCAGGACAAGAAAGCUUUGAAUGAUUCAGCAGAUCUCUCUUGUUUGACUGAGGGUGAUGAAGACCUGGAUCAGGAGAUGCUUCAGUGUGCUGAAGAUGCGGAGGAGUUGUUCUGCCAGGGGGACGGAGUGGAGUGCCGUGUUGAGGAAGAACGGGGAUUUCCCAAACCUGUGGAAGAUGAGGAUGAAGAGGAGGGCAUAGAAGUAGAGGAGGAGGAGGGCUUCGAUCCUUCCAUUCCAGGACCAAACUCAGAACAAAUUAAGUGUUUGAAAAAGUAUUUUGGCCAUUCCAGUUUCAAACCUGUACAGUGGAAAGCAAUUUACUCCAUUCUGAAUGAAAGGAGAGACAAUCUUGUCGUCAUGGCAACAGGUUAUGGGAAGAGUUUGUGUUUCCAAUUCCCCCCAGUGUACUGCGGGGGGGUCAGUGUCGUCAUCUCCCCCCUGAUUGCUCUUAUGGAGGACCAGGUGCUCCAGCUCACGAUGUCCAACAUUCCGGCUUGUUUUCUUGGAUCAGCUCAGACCAAUAAUGUUAUGGCUGGCGUGAAGAAAGGCUGUUACAGAAUCGUGUACAUGACCCCAGAGUUCUGCUCAGGAAACACGUGGCUGCUGGAGCAGCUUGACAGCGGCGUUGGGAUUUCGGUAAUCGCGAUCGAUGAGGCCCACUGUAUUUCCGAGUGGGGCCACGACUUCAGAGGUGCAUACAGGAACCUCGGAAACCUGAAGAAGAUUCUCGCCGACGUUCCUAUCCUGGCUUUGACUGCCACAGCGAGUCCCUCCGUCCGCGAUGACAUCGUGAAGAGCUUGAAGUUGGUUGAUCCCGUGGUCACCUGCACCUCUUUUGACCGGCCCAACAUUUUUCUGGGUGUGCGGCGCAAGUCUGGGGACAUUCUGCAGGACCUGAAGCAGUUUCUGAUCAAAAAGAAUGGCCUCGGGGGUGAUUAUGAAUUCGAUGGCUCUGCCAUCGUAUACUGCCCAUCGAGGAAGGAGGCUGAGCGUGUGUCGUCCGAGCUCUACAAGUUGGGCGUCCUGUGCGGUGUUUACCAUGCGGGCAUGGGCAUCGUGCAGCGGAGGGAGACGCAGCAGCGCUUCAUGAGAGACGAGAUCCAGUGCAUCGUCGCCACUGUUGCUUUUGGAAUGGGAAUAAACAAGGCCGAUAUCCGCAAGGUCAUACACUAUGGCGCCCCAAAAGAGAUGGAGUCGUACUACCAGGAGAUUGGCCGCGCGGGAAGAGACGGGCUACCCAGCUCCUGCCACGUGUUGUGGGCGCCGGGGGACAUGGUGUUGAACAGGUUUCUCCUCAGCAAGGUUAAAAGUGACCGAUUUCGUGGAUACAAAAUGAAAAUGAUGACAAAGAUGGAGCAGUACCUCAGCUCUUACAAAUGCAGAAGAAGGCUCAUCCUUUCUCACUUUGAAGAUAAACAGCUGCGGAAAGUCACGUCUGGCAUUAUGGAAACGGAAGCUUGUUGUGACAACUGUAAGUCUGGGGCCACGUGUGGCUUCAGCAUGGAGGAUUCAAAACCUCAGCAGUAUGAUUUCGGUAAGGAGGCCUACGACCUCAUGAGUGCUGUGAGCGCCCUGAAUGAGAGAUUCGGUACGGCCGUCCCCAUCCUGCUGCUGCGGGGCUCGGGCUCUCAGAGGCUCCCCGACAGUUACCGCAAGCACCCCCUGUUUGGGGCUGGCAGGAACAGGCCGGAAGUGUGGUGGAAGGCCCUGACCAGGCAGCUCAUCGGGGAAGGGUACCUGAAGGAGGCCACAGGCCAUAGCAGGUUCUCCAUGCUUUGUAAGCUCACCUCCCAGGGCAAAACAUGGUUGAGGGCGGCGGAGAGUGCGGCCCGGAAAAGCCUCCUCCUCCAGCCCGAAGGCGAUUUGAUCUCCUUGGAUUCCAGGCCAAGGUCAUUCCAGACCUCUUCUGUGACAGCCUCUGUUCAAAAAGCUCAGCCAAUCCUCUUCCCCAGCCCAGAAAGCAGUAAGGUUGCGAGGGCCUCCAGUGCUUCAGUGUGCAGGUCACAGCCUGCCUCCUCAUAUAAAUCUCCUGUGAAAGUGACCAAACCUCCAUGUGCUGCUGUCUCUCCCAGAGAACUAGAGCUACAGACGGAGCUUUAUGGCAAACUCGUGACCGGACGUCAGAAACUGGCCAGCGAGAAGGACAUUCCCCCAGCCAUCCUGGCGACGAACAAGGUUCUCCUGGACAUGGCUAAAGUCAGGCCGUGCUCGCUGGCCAGCCUGAGGCAGGUGGAUGGUGUUUCUGAGGCUAAGUCCAGCAUGCUGGUACCACUGCUCGGAACCAUCAGGGAGUUUUGCCAGGCCCACAGGCUGCAGGCUGGUCUGUCCCCCAGUAGUGCGGCCCCCUCCUCGGAGACAGCGGGCCCGGCCUCCGGUGUGGUGUUUCCCCACCUUUCUGACAGCGUUGCUGUCACCUACAGGCUCUUCCAGGAGGAGAGGAAAAGCCUGAGGCAGGUGUGUGACCAGCGCAGCCUCCCUGUGGCAGUGGUGGAGUCCCAUCUCCUGCAGGCAUUGCAGGCGGGCUGCCCGCUGGACACGGACAGGGCUGGCCUGUCUGCCCCGACGUUUGCUGCCAUCUGCCGCAUCAUCACUAACUCCGCAGAUCUUGGCAAUAUGAAAGCCAUCCGGGCUCUGGUCCCUGAAGAAAUCAGCACCUUCCUCAUCCAGCUGACAGUGACAAGGCUGCAGCAGGAGGCCCCUCCCUCACUACCCUCCGCUGUCGUCUGUAGCCCACACAAUGUUGCAACGGAAGAGGAGCUCACUUGGAUUGAACCCAAGGGCAAACCGGUUACGAGGGAAACGCAUCUGGGGGAAUCUCUUAAAUCACCCAAGGGAGCAGACCCAGACGAGGCGGCCAUGAGCGACGAUGAGCUUUUCUAUCAGAUCUCCAUGCCCGAGGAGGCUGAUUUUCAAGCUAGUGACGUGCCUUGCAGCUCGAAGGAUGUUCCUGCCUCUAAAUCCGCGUUACGGACCACGGGGAUCGAAUUGGCAUCCUGGAACCAGUCCCAGCUGGACCAAGACACUCAGGAAUUGUUCUCUGAUUUUCCUGUAAAGGUUUUCAUGGAGAAGGAACUAGACCGCAAAGCUGAUGAAGAACCUUCCAGUACUAUGCUGAAACCUGCAAUACGCCCCACGGGGUUCGAGGAAGCGGCAAGUGACCAGCCACGACUGGAGCGAGACCCUCAGCAGCAGCCCAGCGAGUCUCCAUCAGUGAGAGCGAGUCAGCCCUCGAAGAGGAGACUGCCAGACUGGUGCUCACAGAGGGCAAGCGUUUCCUCUGCUGCUGGUGUGAAGCAGUCUAAAAAGAAAAAGGGACUGUUCAUGUAAAUGUCCGGCCCAUCACAACACCUAUCCCAGCCUUCUGAGUCUAAACACACCUUUUCUUUCAUAGGUAUGCGAUGGGGGAAAAUGUAGCACUAAUGAAAGUUUGUGUAUAUGUUUCUGUAUUUCUGUUAAAAUGCAUAAAUCAAUAAAAAAAAAAAAAUGCAUUACUGUUAAUAGAUGUUUUUGAUAACUGACUGUUUUCCAAGCCAGAUUUCUGUCAAAUUAUAGUGACGCGAACAUUUUUGUAAUUUGGAAGUACAUUUUAAUAAAUAUUUUUGUAAUCA